AGCUUCCCCGAUAGCAGCUGCUUGUAUGUCCUACGCCGCCGUGUGUGUGUAUUGUGUAAUAAGGGAUGUGUUUCCAUGUGAAAAUUCCGGCUUUGUGACAUUUGAACUACUUUAUGCGUGAAAUUCAAGUAAACAUUUAAAAUCAAACAUUUGGAUUAGAUAGAGGCAAUGAAGGAGUUACUUACCGUUGUGAUAGUAUGCAUGGCGCUCACACUUUCGGAAUUUCGGGUCAUGGCGGAAGUGACGUUUGAAGACACACCGAGGAACGUUACUGUUUUAGUCGGCGACACAGCCAAGCUUCCGUGUAGAGUAAUCCGACUAGGGACAUACCGCGUAUUAUGGAUCAAAGAGGGAGACAACCAUCCUAUUUCAAUCGGCCGAUACAUAAUGGUAAGCGACAAGCGAUUCUUCUCUACUGGCGGUUCGUCAGAUGUUGACUGGGGUAUAGCAAUCAAGGACGUCACUUUUUCUGAUGAAGGCACCUUCAGGUGUAUGGUGAAUUCUGAGGUCAGGAAAAUCCGGGAGAUCCACUUAGCCGUAUUAAGUCCCCCAAAGAUCACUAGCUUCUCCCCAUCCCAACUGACCGUCCGCGCUGGCGAUUCUGUAGAGUUGACGUGUCUGACCGAGGGGGUGCCCCCGCCAACUGUCUUGUGGUAUGAAAACGAUAGAUUUACAGGUGAAAUGACCGAAACUCUGCUGAUUCCGAACAUCACGGGGACCAUGGGUGGCAGGUACCUGGGCCAUCGGGAGUACGAGUGUAGGGUGGACAAUGGAGUACCUCCCACGCGAAUGCGAAAGAUCGAAGUGACAGUCCACUUUGCGCCGAUCCUGCAACUCAUUACCCUAAAUGACACAACUAUUCCCGCCGGAAGUGACGUAAAUAUGACGUUUAUCUGCAUGGGAAAUCCAACAACGUUUGUAAAUUGGGAUCAUGGCAGCCAGGCCUUACACGAGGGUCAAGAUAGACACGCAUUUGAGACUAAAAAUGGCAUCGUCCGCUCCUUAAUUAUUAGAGGUGUGAAAUCCGACGAGUUUGGAUUGUACAGAGCUCAAUGUACAAACGGAUUUGGAAGUGCUGAGGCAAGGUUCCUAAUCAAUGAAAUGGUACCUCCGGAUAUCGACCUGACACGAUCCAGCAGAAACCAAACUCUCUAUCUUGGUGACAGGCUGGAGAUGGUAUGUUACAGUACAUCAGAUAGUGCUGAAUUUUCCUGGUAUAAAUCGGCGGAUCUAAAUAUCAACGGUACAUCAGAACUUCCUGUAGGAUCGGGAAACACUUUUACUAUUCCGUCUGUCCAAGCCUCCGACGCCGGACUGUACGUGUGUAUGACUGGGAAUAUGGCUGGAUUUACAACUCACCACAUAGGUGUCUUCAUACGAGCUCGACCCCUCCUGGAAACCACGCCCCUCAACAUCACAGCCAAACGAGGCUUCUCUGUUACACUUCCGUGUAGCAUCCAGAAUCUCGGCACACACAGGGUGAUGUGGAUGUCCCAGUAUAACGUAGCUAUCACAUUAGAUGACCGGAUCAUUCUGCCGGACUCUCGGUACAGUCUGGCUCGAACCUAUGAUAAAGACUGGGGUCUUGUCAUCAACAACGUCAAGCCGACAGACGAAGGGGUCUAUAAAUGUGUCGUACACUCCUACCCAAUACUGGAGAAACAGAUCAGUCUUAUCGUUCUGGUUUCACCUACAAUAGAUAACCAAAUGACAAGUAACAACAUGGCAGUUUCUGAAUUUGACGAUGUCACGCUCAGAUGUCACGUGAGAGGUAAUCCAAAACCGGAUAUCACGUGGUACCGGAGAGUUUCCGGUUCUGACCACCAAGCUCUAGCCCGGGAGCGUCUAUCGCAAACCGGAAAUAUUCUCAACAUUCCUAACAUAACUCGUCAUUCCGCGGGGGAAUACAUCUGCUAUGCCUCGAACGGUAUCGAACCCAGUGCCUCAAAAAACAUAUCGGUGGAUGUGCUAUAUGCCCCGGAAAUUCAAACUAUGAUGAGGAAUAUGGGUCAGUACCUGGGUCGGGACUCCACCCUAGAGUGUACGGCAGAGGGCAGUCCCAUUCCUGAAAUGAAGUGGUAUAUUAACGGUCAGCGUCUAACAGACAGCUGGAAGUUUAAGACCACCAACUACGUGGAGCCACUGGACGGAGUGGUCACUUCCGCUCUCCUUAUCCGCAAUAUUGACCGCAUCGAUUACAGGGUUUACACGUGCGAAUCUACCAAUGCUCACGGCACGGCUCAACAUAACAUCACCGUCUUUCCAUUAGGCGCUCCUGAGGUGAUUGUAGAACAAUCGAGUCGGAGUAUGAUUGUACAAGAAGGAACAGAAAUAGAUUUGGAAUGUUUCGCCUCCGGAACGCCGUCACCGACGGUAACUUGGAGUAAGGACGACGGGCAGACAGAAAUAGGGCCUGGGACAGUAACACUGACUAAUAUACAAGGGGAUGAUGCCGGAACGUACGCGUGCGUAGCUGAAAACCCUCUCGGGUCCGACACCCUGUCCAUACAGAUUGAUGUGGAAUACCCACCCAUGGUAUCGGUAGCGAUGUCAGAGUACAGUAUCAUCACAGGAAGGACGGCGGCCAUCGACUGUACAGUACGGGGCCGCCCCCAGCCCCGGAUGUCAUGGCGGAAAGACGGUUCGUCAGAUGACAGCGUUGUAGACAUAACAGAGGUGGGCGACAGCACAUGGACAAUGACACUCCGAAUAGACAGUGUCACUUCGGAAGACUUCGGAACAUAUAUAUGUGAGGCAGUCAACUCGGCAAACAGCAGUUCCAGCGAAAUUCAGCUGAUAGAAAUACAGACAACAACAGAAACACCCACAGCCGAGCCGACGUCGACCCCGACUCCAGAACCUUCAACGACGAUGAAAGAAUCGACAACGACGAUGCAAAAAGACAACGUACACAAUCCGGCCGAGGAGAUCAAGGCAACCUCCUCCAAAACCAGCGAAAUGGGAACAGAUUCUCCCGUGGGAGGACCAAAUGCAUCGCCUAUUUUUAGAGCGACACUGACGUCAAUAUUACUGGCUGUCGUAACGACAUUGUCUUUGUGGUGAGGGAAGUCGACUCUCCAGUCCAUCGUGCUCAAUCUACAAAUCGUGCACUUCCGGUAUCAUGGCAUUUAAUACAGACGGAAGUAUCACCAAUCAACUGUAUCACCGAAUUACUACUGGAUUUAACUGAUAUGGAAUUGUAUACAUGUAAACUACGUGUAUAUUUUAUUGUCAAAGGAUUAUUUUAAUACUGCAAUAUUGUACCAACAUUUUUUUUUUUGCAAACCUUAAAACGUUUAUGAGAUCAGCCAGUCACCAUGCCAAAUACCAUUUUAGGAUACCACACAUAGAUCUCAAAUAUACAAUACAAUUAAGGAUCGUGAUUUCAACAACGGUCCUCUUAAGAUUUUAGAUAUUGUUUCAAAAUCAUUUUAGUCAUCCUAUCAUUAUUCCUUUCUUGUAUCUGUCCGUUCAUUUGUUAGGUAUACAUUACAUAGGAUAUCUAUAUAUGCAAUGUAUAAUACUUUAAAUGUAUUCUAAAAAUAUUGAUGAAACAUUUAACCUUUAUUUUGGAAGAAAUCGUUCGAUUUAAUAUAUUUAAAGCUAAAUCUUGCAUCAAAUCCGUUUAAAUUGAAUCGAUGUAUGCAUUGUUUUUUAUCUCGUUAAUGCAAAAUCAAAUAUACCGGAAAGUUCACAUUCCGGAUUAAAGUAGUGUGGAACCCAUUUCAUCCUAUUCCUGCCUUUCUUCUACUAAUAUAUAUAUAUAUAUGUGGGUGACAAUAUAUUUUAUUUUAUAAUGUAUAUCAUCUGUUGUGUCAGUUAAUACAUGGUGUGGAACCUCGAUUAUCCGGAACUUUGUUUUUACAAAACCUAGUUAAUCCGGAUUUUGGUAUUCCGGAGAUUUUUUCCCCGGGUAUACUAGAUCUGAAUUUUUAUUUUACGUGACAGUACAUGUUUUUAAAUCAUUAAAAAAGAAAAUCUUCUUAUAUCGAAAAAAAUAAUAUCUGCGAGUUUAGGAGGUUUAUUUGUAUAAAUUUCCGACAGGAAAUACAUCACAUCACGUGAGAGUGUGACCUCAUUUUAUACCACCGAUUCCUCCAGAGCUCUCACCAUGAAGCAAUGUUAUUAUAGGUCAAGUGGAAGUGUGACGGCAGCUUGUACAGUAGCGAGUGUCACAUGAUAGGAAAACUAGCUAAUCUGUCCCUUUGUUUGUAUUCGUCUUGUGUAGAUUAAUCUUAAUCACCACAUGUAAAUAGCUAGGUAUAGAUGUAGGAGGAUGCUCGUAAUUUAACGACGACUUCCGGUACAGGGGGUGAAGGGAGAUUGUGUACAAGUGUAACCGGAAGUGUAGGUACAUGACUAAUUGUAUGGAAGCUAAAGUAAAAGAUUGAAGCGUCUGAAAGACAUUGAAUGACCGUAAAGAUGAAAAGAUAUAUGGAAACGUAUGAGAAAAGGGUUUGAGAGAAAACUUUGUAUAGGAAAUAGUUGUAAUAAUUGGAUAUAACUUUACUUUUAUGUCUGUACGAAUCUGUAUGUGGAAAUAGUCCUUCAUACGCUUAUUUGCUUCGAUAGAAACAUUUUGUUUUAACAUUUAAGUAUUUAUGUAGUGAUACAGCUUCCGCCGUCCGUCCGUCUGUCCGUCCGUCCUUAGCCAUCCGUAUACGUAUCCGUCUAUCGCCAAAGUCCAUUUUUUUCUAACACCUAUAUGUAUAUGAAUAAUUUGGCAAAUGGACAAGAUUAAGAUAAAUGUGGGCAUUCAACAUCAGGCUAACAAAGUCACUCGGAUAGGGUAAAAUGGUGAGACUCAUUCCGUUUGGCGUACGUGUGUACCCUAUAAGGAUAGGUAUUUCGUGAUUUUUAGUAAACUUUUAAGCAAAAUAAUUAAACCUUAUAACUUUAAAAAAAGACCCGUACACAGCGGUUUGAUAUGAACUUGAUAAGUUAAGAAUGCCGUAGUUUUAAUUUCAGUUCUUUAUAUCAUUGGGUUUUUUUUUCAAUUCUAUACCGAAUAUGUCCUCAGGCGCGUAUUAGGUUUGAUAAUACCGUGCAAUAGAGGCGAUUAUUCCCAGAGACCUACCUUUCUGUUAUAAUUAAAACUUGAAAAUGUUCUUCUUCAAAACAACAAAUCGUAAAUCUUUUCUAUAUAUUGUAUCAUAAUUUCCUGAUGGUGUUAAUCGAAAGUCGCGUGUAAAAAAUCGUUAUUAUGAGGUUAGAAUGAUAUAUAAAUAGGCUAUAAAGUUCACGAAGUCAAACAAGGUGAACGAUACAGGGCACUUCGGCCUCUUGUUACAAUCCCGUUGUGUUAUCCUUGUUCCUAUCAUGUCAAUAGACUUUCCGAGAAUAGUUUACUUGCCUUAAUAAUCAUGGUCCUAUCUCUUCUAGAACUUAGUAAUGUUAUUGUGCUUGUUUAUUAUUUCUGUACGUUUGACAUUUCCUACGUUUCUGAUCAGAAACAAUACUGCAAAACUUUUUUCCUAAACGGCGUGCUAUACAGUCAAAUUUUAAACGACUACAGCAAUUCCUCAUUAUAAUGCCACUCAUUUCACUUCAACCUCGCUUACAGCCAAACUGCUUCAAUACCCCCCUUUAAGGCCUCUCUUGGCAAAUUGUCAAUCCCUUUAAAGCGCCUCCCUCCGUAUAUUGUCAAUCUCUUUAUAACGCCUCCUUUAGUAUAUAAUCAAAAUAUUUUAUAACGCCUCCUUCAGUAUAUUGCCAAAUUCCUUAUAACGCCUCUUUUGGUAAAUUGUCAGACCCCCUUUAUAACGCCUCCCAUUGUUUAUUAUCAGUCCCUUUAUAACGCCUCCCUCGGUAAAAUGUCUGCCACUCUUUAUAACGCAUACCUCGGUAAAUUGUCAGCCCCUUUAUAACGCCUUCUUCAGUAUAUAGUCAAAUCACUUACAGCGCCUCCCUCUGUAUACUGUCAGUCCCCAUUAACAACGCUUUAUUCGGUAAAUUGUCAAACUGUUUAAUAAAGCCUCCUGUAGUUAAAGGUAAAAUCCCUUUAUAAUGCCUUCUCGGUAUUUUGUCGAACCCCUUUGUAACGCCUUUCUUUAGCAAAUGAUUGUAGUGUAAUGAGGUUUCGAUGUUAAUAAAAAAUGGUUACCGAAAUAUAGAGUAGCUUUGUGAAUUGUGUUGAAGGGUAUUCAUAUUAGACCCUAAUUCAUACAUACCUGUGUUGUUACUACAUGCAUAUUGUAUUAUUACAUGUUUAUAAAGUUACCAAACUAUCUCCGAUUUUCUGUUUUACUUCCACGUCUCAUUUAGCUUACGUAAUUUUACACCGUUUGAUCCUGAUUUUGAAGAAUAAUUAAUUAUCUUAUUUUCAAGUUAAUCAUUACACUUUUGAAAACGAUUAUUCCCGUUUUUAUGGUCAGUAUGAAACCAUACCUUCGUAGGAAAUGGGUGAUGGUUAUGGUAAAGAUUUGUUAUUAUUAUUUGACAGGAUAAAUGGAAAUUGAUAAGCACAAAGAUUCUAAAACAAGUCAUUGUUAAGUAAAUGAUAUCUGACGAAUUAUUGACCAAUUAUGGACUUUUGUUGCGGUUAAUAUGUAUGUGGUUAUGUGAACCUGAGAAAGCUAUAUUCACCGAAAAAAUCCUUAAUUGAUCAAUUAUUCGUAUUGUUAUAUAAGUUGCUGAAUAAUGUUUUAAUCAUGAAACCAGAUUGAACGUAUGGACAUUGUUUGGAAGAAAGUUCUGCAUUUGACAGAGAGUAAUUGUGACGGUACAAUUGAAACGAUGCCAUGAAGUGAAUUUUGCCCUGUUGUUUCUAAAAAUAGUACCACUGAGGCAAUAACACAAAUAUUCGACCUCCACGUGAUAAUGAUUCAACCAAUAAGAAUGCAGGAAAAAUACGUGUCAUCUAAAAUACGUGUGUUUCCAGACUUAUCUCCGUAUAUUAACCACAAUGUGAUUCAAAUGUACAAUUAAAAUUUCUUUCAGUGAUAUUUAAAAAAAGAGUGAAAAAGGAAAUGUCAGGAGUUGGUUAUUCUGUUUCUCUUACAUCAAUAUGUUUCCAUUUUAUGCAUGUUCUCUAACAUUGUUGUCAAUUAUAUUUUUAAAAAAAGAAGUAAGUAUAGAAAUAAAUGACGUAACAAUUGAAGUUAAAUAUGAAGUAUAUGACAAUAACCAAUCAUAAUGUCGGGAUUGUGGUCAACAGCUUUUCUCGCACUGUGAUUGGUCGAUCAAAUCAAAGUGUGUAUUUUCACCAACAGCACAUGACUAACUCAUAGCAAAGCAUGUUAAUUAAUUUAUAGCAAAUUAUGUUCGCUAAUUAGAUCUUUCAUGCCGUGACUUUCUUUUAAAUAUGUGUACAUAAAAAUUCCUAUUAGAUUUACCAUUGCUGGGUACUUGUACGUGUGUGAGUUGAUAUGAUAGGAGAAUAAAACCUGUUUUAUAGAAAACAA